GCUCUCUAUUCCGUCUUGUCAUCCGACCGGCCCAACGAUGACAUCUCUGGCGAAUUAGCUGAUAUCAUUGGGUUUGAAGACAUUGACCUUGUGAUGGAGAUCCUUGAUCAACCAUCUGAUGCGCAUUACUUUUCCGCCUCCAUGGCUCAACGAAGGAUGGGAAAAAAAUUCGAGGAUAAUGCAGCUCGUCCCCUAUUUUCUGGUACCAUGGUAACAAUACCAGAGACCUAUCCACAUGUUUAUACUUCAACGCCUAUGGCUCAAGGAAAUGUUUUGUCGCAGUUUGGUACCAGGUAUCUGCUGCCUAUGGGCACUGUGCGCCAGAUGCAUGAGGAGUAUGAAGAAGUCAUUAUCCCGCCAGCGAGACCGGUUCCACCCCGACUCAUGGAACGCCUUGUACCGAUAGCUGAGCUGGAUGACCUCGCAAGGGGGUGCUUUCCGGGCUACUCAACGCUCAAUCGUAUACAAUCCAUCAUUUAUCCAACAGCAUACAAAUCUAAUGAAAACUUGCUCGUUUGCGCCCCAACUGGUGCAGGAAAAACAGAUGUGGCUAUGUUGACUAUCCUUCGUGUUUUAUACCAACAUCAAAUAAUUGCUCAUCCAAGUUCCCAAAUUCGCGAUACUAUUCGUCGGGACUCCUUCAAAAUUAUUUAUGUUGCACCUAUGAAGGCUUUGGCAUCUGAAAUUGUGCGGAAGCUCGGUAAAAGGUUGAAAUGGUUAUCAAUUGAAGUCCGUGAACUUACCGGCGAUAUGCAAAUGACGAAGUCAGAGAUUGCGCAAACUCAGAUAAUCGUCACGACUCCUGAAAAGUGGGAUGUUGUGACAAGAAAGCCAACUGGAGAAGGUGAACUAGCUUCGAGCAUAAAACUUUUAAUAGUCGACGAAGUUCACCUGCUAAACGAGGAACGUGGCGCUGUCAUAGAAACUAUUGUGGCCCGGACGUUGCGACAGGUAGAAUCCAGUCAAUCAAUGAUAAGGAUCGUAGGUUUGAGUGCUACGCUUCCGAACUAUGUGGACGUCGCGGACUUUUUGUGCGUCUCUCGGCAAAAGGGUCUGUUUUAUUUUGAUUCAUCAUUUCGACCCAUACCACUCGAACAGCAUUUCCUUGGAAUAAAAGGAAAACCCGGAAGUGCUUUAUCCCGGAAGAAUUUAGAUUCUGUUACCUUUCAAAAAGUUUCGGAGUUAGUGGCCCAAGGUCACCAAGUUAUGGUGUUUGUCCAUGCUCGCAAAGAAACCGUGAAAACUGCAAUGGGACUCAGGGAAACGUCUCUCUUUGAAGGAAAUGCGGAAGACUUUAGUUGCGAAGAACAUCCUCAGUGGAACUUUUUCCGUCGAGACAUUGGGGAGUCCAGGAAUCGAGAAAUGAAACAACUUUUUGACAGCGGGUUUGGAAUUCACCAUGCUGGUAUGUUGAGGUCUGACAGAAAUAUGAUGGAGAGGAUGUUCGACGCGAGAGCGAUCAAGGUACUAUGUUGUACAGCGACACUUGCUUGGGGUGUCAACUUACCAGCACAUGCUGGCAAUAUAACCGGGACGCAAGUGUACGACAGUUCAAGAGGUACUUUCGUUGACCUGUCCGUGCUAGAUGUUCUUCAAGUAUUUGGUCGUGCUGGGCGGCCUGGGUUGGAGACCAGUGGCGAAGGCUAUAUCUGCACAACUGAGGACAAGCUCCCGCAUUAUCUUGAUGCGGUGACUUCUCAGCUUCCAAUUGAAUCGCAAUUCAAAGGGGGGAUGGUAGAUGCCCUCAAUGCUGAGAUUUCUCUUGGAACGGUUGCCAAUACCAGAGAUGCUGUACAGUGGUUGGGGUAUACAUAUUUGUUCGUGAGGAUGCGAAAAAACCCCUUCAUAUACGGUAUUUCUAGAGAAUCGACUGGCGAUGAUCCUAAUCUUGGGAGCAAAAGGAACGAAUUGAUCACCGAGGCCGCGAAGAAGUUAGCAGAUGCACGCAUGAUUCUUUUCGAUCGCCCAAGUGGAGGGUUUACGAUCAGCGACCUGGGAAGAAUUGCAGCCAAAUAUUAUAUCCGUCAUACAUCAAUUGAGAUCUUCAAUGAAAAUUUUCGACCCAAAAUGUCUGAGGCUGAUAUUCUAGCCAUGCUAUGCAGAAGUACGGAAUUCGAGCAAAUUCAGGUCCGCGAAACAGAAAUUAAGGAGCUGGAGAUGCUUAUGGGACGAAUACCAUGCGACGUCAAGGGUGGUACCGAUACCAGCGCUGGAAAGGUGAACAUUUUGUUGCAGGCUUUCAUCUCACGCGAAGUCGUUGAAGAUUUUGCCUUGGUCUCUGAUAUGGCAUACGCGGCUCAAAACGGCGGUCGCAUCGUACGUGCGCUUCUUGAGAUAGCGAUCAGCCGAAAAUGGUCCUAUGUUGCGGCGAUCUUGAUGGGCUUAAGUAAAGCUGUUGAAAAACGCCUCUGGCCUUUUGAACAACCUUUGAAGCAAUUUGCACUUAAGCCCGAAUCUUUACAUGCGUUACAGGAAUGGGCGGACGAGUGCUCUGUGAUGGAUUUGGCCAGUCUUGACGCCACUGCGCUAGGCAAGCUAGUGCACUUGAAUGAACAACACGGCCUUGCAAUCCUUAAUGCUGCGAAGCAGUUUCCUGUAGCGAGGAUUACUUAUGACCUCAAGCCUCUCGGGAGUGACGUCCUCAAACUCGUUUUACACGUGGAACGCGCAUUUACGUGGAAUAUUAAAGCGCAUGGAUCAGCUGAACCCUUCUGGCUUUGGGUAGAAGAUCAUGAAGGUCUGACCAUCCUUCAAAUGACUCACCUUGCUUUCCACCAAACGUCGAGUUUCCUCAAGGUGGAUUUUGUAGUUGCGAUACCUGACGGCCAUCCACCGCCGUCCCUAACGCUGAGAUGGGUUUCAGAUCGGUGGGUGGGAGCAGAAAUGGAGCUCCCAGUUCCCUUGGAUGGGUUGAUCAUGCCAGACCCCCCUCAGUGCCACUCGUCUCUAAUAACCCUGCCGUUUCUCCCGAUUUCCGUCUGCCAUAAUUCGGUUGUAGAGGCGCUUUCGGGUCGGCUGGACACCCUCAACAAUAUCCAAACACAGUGUUUCUGGUUGCUUUCAAACACAAAAUUGCACUCGUUGCUUUGUGCACCUGCUGGUGGUGGUAAAUCUGCCCUUGUGCAACUUGCGAUUUGGUAUGCUUCCGGUUAUCCAGAACAAUCACAGGCUCACGGUGGAUGUACUCUGAUCGUCACCCCUCAGAGCAGUGUGGCGACAGAAACCGUCACCGAAUUGAAACUUGUCUCACAAGCCGUUGGUUGCACGGUGGAAUAUAGCGUAGAUGAGAAAACUCUUGUCCAGCCGAAGACUCCGACUAUUCGCGUUGCAACAUCAGCUCAUCUACUUCGUCUUCUGUCGGGCAGAAACCCGUUUACUCCCAUUCCAUGGUUAGACCUAGUGAUCUGUGAGAAUCUAGAGCAGUUGGAUGCCACUUAUGAACUUGGAAUAUCGCUUCUCCGUUUCGCUACUCAGUCCGCUCCCACAAGAUUCGUUGGUGUUUCUCAAUCGAUCAAUGACCCAGUGGAUUUGGCUGAUUGGAUCAGUGUCGACCCGAUCGCGAUAUGUAGCUUUCGUCCCCGCGACCGGGACCAGUCUUUAUCCUUUUCGGCGCAGACUUUCACCAUACCACACUCUGCUUCACUAUUUAAAGCGAUGGCGAAACCGGCGCACUCGGCAAUCCGCAGUGUUCCACUCGAGGAAUCUGCUAUAAUUUUUGUUCCUUCGCGAGGUCAAUCUAGAACGAUCGCCCUGGAACUCAUCACUCAGUGUUCUUUGGAGACGGAGACCGCGCGGGGAUAUCUCCCCAACGACGUUGCCGAUGAAUUCCUCCAAAGCUAUUGUGCCCGUCUUCAAGAUACAACAUUGAUUGAUUUUAUCUCAAAAGGAGUUGGAUUCUUUCACGGUGGAAUCAAGAGGGGUGAUCGUAAUAUAAUGCUUGAAUUAUACGCCGAAGGUAUCCUGCGUGUGCUUAUCGUCCCGAGAGUGUCCUGCUGGAGCUUACCCUUACGAGCCGCCGUUGUUGUUGUGAUGGGCACUCAGUACACGCAUGUGGAACCAGGAGACAACUCGCGGCAGAUUCAGGAUUACAGCAUAACGGAGCUUGUUCGUAUGCAAAGCCGGGCCGUCCGACACAAAGGAACAGGUCAUUUUCAUCUUUUCUGCCAAGCGGAAGCUUUGGACACUCUCAUGCGUUUCUUGAACGACGGAGUACCACUGGAAUCUCAGCUUCAGGACUCACCCGUCUUGGAAUCUUGGUGCAAGACACAGCGUGUUGUCGCUCCAGAUAUUGCCAGCAAACAGCAGCUUACGGAUAUUCUGUCCUUUACGUUCCUUUCUCGCAGAAUCGCCAGUAAUCCGUCAUAUUACGGAUUCUCGAAUACCAAGCGGGAUGAAAGUUUGUCUCGUAUCGUUGACAAUUUGUUGUACGACGAUGGGGGAACAGCUUGA